AUGAGUGCGGUUAUUUAAAAUGAUUUAAAAGAGCCUCUAUUACCAAAAGAGGAAAAUCAAUCAGCGAUAUAAUAAAGCGAUUCUAAAAAUACCAGUAGAAUAGCCAGAUUUUUUGGGAAAUACUAUCUAUACACAGGUAUAAUUGUUGCUUUAUGCUACGGAUCGCAUAACUUUUUUAUGUAUGUCAGUGUUGGUCAAGCCCUUGAACUAAGAAUGGUUUUCCUGAUUUAGAUUGCUAACCUUAUUUUCUAUUUCAUGUAUCACUCCCUAGCCGCCAUUGAGAGUAAGCGAAAGUAUGGAUCCUAUUGGUCAAAAUCUAGAUCGGCAUACUUCAAAGAUGACGGAAGCUUGAACGGAUUUGUGCUAUUUAUCGUCAUUAUAAGAUCUUUAUUGCAGUAUGUUGUUCAAUAUGUCUUAUAUUACAUUUUGGAAACAUCUGUUAGAUCAGGAGUUAGUAAUUCUAUUGUUCUUUCAAUAUAUGGCACCACCACCAUCCUUUCUGCAAUCGCAUUUUACUUUCUGUUCAAUGAAAAAUUAGGAGUGAGACAUAUUAUUGGGAUUGCUGCUGUAACACUGAGUAUUAUUCUCAUAGCAAAUGGAAGAUAUGAAGUGGAGGGUAAUUCAAUAUCCCAAAAUGCAGGUAUUAAUGAAGCAGAUAGAUUGAGUGUCCUCAUACCAGUUGCGCUAUCAUUGGUUAAUUGCUGUAUUUUUGUCAUCAAUACUCUGAUCACAAGAGUAAUUAAAGUAUCAAGACUAUCGAUAUUUUAGUAUGCUUCUGAUACUCAAUUUUUAAACUCACUAAUAUUUUCUCUGCAGGCAUUGUUUUAAUAAUUAUACGGUGAACAAUACACUUUGUACGAAUUUACUAUGGUUUUCCUAAGUUCAUUAUUCCAAGUGUUUGGAUAAAUUUUAUUUUCAGGUUCAGCUGCCUACGGUAAAGGUAGUCUAAUUUAGGCUAUGAUUAUGAUUUAAUCUCCAUUCUAAUUGCUUUUGGAGAUAAUAUUUUUACAGCUAUACCCAGCAUUAAUGGGAGUUCUUGGAAUGAUAGUGUGUCUGUUAGGGACACUCUUCAUUAUCUUAACAAAGAAAUGA